AUGGGCAAACAUGACCAGAGGCAGCAAAUGUCCAACAGCAGCUUCCCCACUGAGUUCCUCCUCCUGCCAUUCGCAGACACACGCGAGCUGCAGCUCCUGCACUUUGGGCUCUUCCUGGGCAUCUACCUGGCUGCCCUCCUGGGCAACGGCCUCAUCCUCACAGCUGUAGCCUGUGACCACCACCUCCACACCCCCAUGUACUUCUUCCUCCUCAACCUCGCCCUCCUCGACCUGGGCACUAUCACCACCACUGUCCCCAAAGCCAUGGCCAACUCCCUCUGGGACACAAGGGCCAUUACCUACUUGGGUUGUGCUACCCAGAUCUUUAUGUUUGGUCUCUUCAUCACAGCAGAGUUUUCUUUCCUCACCAUCAUGGCUUAUGACCGCUACGUUGCCAUCUGCAAACCCCUGCAUUAUGGGACAAUAAUGGACAGCAGAACUUGUAGGGACCUCAACAAUCUGGAGGGUGUGGCCCAGAGGAGCCUCAUGAAGUUCAACAAGGGCAAGUGCAGGGUCCUGCGCAUAGGUGUGAAAAACCCCAUGAACCA